AUGAAUGAGCGAGAGCUCAAUCUGGGAUAUGCCGGAGAUCUCAAAAAGUCAUGGCAUCAAACAUACAAAGAUUCAGCUUGGAUAUUCAUUGGAGGACUGUCAUAUGCACUCACAGAAGGAGAUGUGAUUGCUGUCUUCUCACAGUAUGGCGAAGUGAUGAACAUCAAUUUGAUUCGCGACAAAGACACUGGAAAAUCAAAAGGAUUUGCCUUCUUGUGUUAUAAAGAUCAGAGGAGUACAGUAUUGGCAGUCGAUAAUUUCAAUGGAAUCUCUUUACAUAAACGUAUGAUUCGUGUGGACCACGUUGAAGAAUACAAGGUUCCGAAGUAUAAAGAAGAUGCAGAUGACGAAACAAAGAGGCUGUGGGAAGAAGGAUGUGCUCCCAAACCAAUAAUGAGAACAGCAGAUCCGAUCGAAGUUCAAGAAAAAAGAAUUAAAAAGGCUAAAGAAGUUCUUCUGGAUGUUGGAGAUAUUGAUGAAGAAUUGAUAAAAAAGAUCAAGAAAGACAAGAAAAAGGCGAAAAAGGAGAAAAAGCAAGAAAAGAAGCGAGAAAAGAAGCUGCGAAAACUGGAAAAGAAGGCUGCUCGAGAUCCGGAAGGAGAUUGGAAGAACAAAGCAAAACUGAUCGACAAGGUAGUUGCAGAAGACGAUUUAUACGGAGAGAACAAACACUUCGAUUUUGGAAAGAAGAAAGAAGUGGAAGAAGUAAAACACAAUCCAAGACCAGACUUCGAAAAGGCCGACUGGAGAGAUAUCGAAAUUUGGAAGGUUAUCAGAGAACGAGAAAAAGCGGAAAAAGCAGCAAGAGGAGAAACAUCAGAAGCGUGGGGUCCAGAAGAUCAUUACGUGUCGAAGAGAUAUCAAGGAAGAUAA